AGAGAGAGAGAGAGAGAGGGAGUAGAUCUAGAGACAACAGUACUGGUGUAUGUGAUUCUCUCUCUCAUCGUCGCUUGAAAAUGUCGAGUCGCCAAGAGAAAGAGAAAGGUGUUAAUGUGCAGGUUCUUCUUCGUUGCAGACCAUUUAGCGAAGAAGAGUUACGGAACAAUGCACCGCAAGUAGUGACCUGCAAUGAUUACCAGAGAGAAGUUGCGGUUUCUCAAAAUAUUGCUGGGAAGCAUAUUGAUAGAAUUUUUACAUUUGACAAGAUAUUCUUUGUGUAUGGUUGUUUAGAUUUCCAAUUGGAGAGUCCCGAACUAAUAUCACAGAUCCCCCAGAAAGGGCAGAUAAUUGUGUUUAACACAGUAGUUCUGAAACAGACAGUGAUUUUAGGUUUUGGUCCUUCAGCUCAUCAAAGGGAUCUUUAUGAUCAAGCAGUUAUUCCAAUUGUCAAUGAAGUGUUGGAGGGCUUUAAUUGUACCAUUUUUGCAUAUGGACAAACUGGCACGGGAAAAACAUACACCAUGGAAGGUGAAUGUAAAAGGUCAAAGAGUGGGCCUAAUGGAGAGUUACCUCCAGAAGCAGGUGUCAUACCCAGAGCUGUGAAGCAAAUUUUUGACACAUUGGAGAGUCAAAAUGCAGAAUAUAGUGUGAAGGUCACAUUUUUGGAAUUGUAUAACGAGGAAAUUACCGAUUUGCUUGCCCUGAAGAAAUAUCUAGAGUUGCUUUGGAGGAUAAACAGAAAAAACAGUUGCCCCUCAUGGAAGAUGGAAAAGGAGGAGUUCUUUCGGUCACAUUCUCUUUUCUCCAUCACUAUACACAUCAAAGAAGCAACUCCAGAAGGUGAAGAACUUAUCAAAUGUGGGAAGCUCAAUUUAGUUGAUUUAGCUGGUUCUGAAAAUAUUUCUCGUUCUGGUGCUAGAGAGGGUCGUGCAAGAGAAGCUGGAGAGAUAAACAAAAGUUUGCUGACAUUAGGACGAGUAAUCAAUGCCCUUGUGGAGCAUCUUGGGCAUGUUCCGUACAGAACCAAGACAUGCAUUAUUGCCACUGUAUCACCUGCAGUUCAUUGUCUUGAGGAGACUUUGAGCACGCUGGAUUAUGCCCAUAGAGCAAAAAAUAUAAAGAAUAAGCCUGAGGUGAACCAGAAAAUGAUGAAAUCAACUCUUAUCAAGGAUCUUUAUGGUGAAAUUGAACGGCUCAAGGCAGAGGUUUAUGCUGCUCGUGAGAAAGUUGGGGUCUAUAUACCAAAGGAACGAUAUUAUCAGGAGGAGAGUGAAAGGAAGGCAAUGGCAGAUCAGAUUGAACAAAUGGGUGUCACUAUAGAAACGCACCAGAAGCAAAUUGAGGAUUUGCAAGAGAAGUACGAUGCUCAAGUUCAACAAUGCGCUGAUUUGAGCAGCAAACUUGAUACUACACAGAAAAACUUGAAUCAAACUUAUAAAUUGCUAGCCAAUACCGAGGAAGAACUGAAGAGAUGCAAGUAUGCACUCAAGGAGCGAGAUUUUGUGAUAUCUGAACAAAAAAAAGCUGAAAAUGCAUUGGCCCAUCAGGCAUGUGUUUUACGGUCUGACUUGGAGAAAUCUCUUCAGGACAAUGCUUCACUAUUUCUGAAAAUUGCUAGAGAGGACAAGCUGAAUGCUGAUAACAGGUCAGUUGUGAACAAUUUCCAAGCUGAUCUUGUGCGGCAACUUGGUUCCCUUUGCAACACAUUGGCCACGUCCGUGUCGCAGCAAAUGAACAUAUCCAGGCUAUUGAGAAUUUAUGUCAGUCUUUUCUUAACAUACAUGAUAAGGUAUUUGGCUGUAAUUGAUUUAAAGAAGAAAGUAACUGCUUCAAGGGCCCUGUAUAUUUCUCACAUUGAAGCUGUGCAGAAUGUAGUGCGUUUGCAUAAAGCAAGCUCUAAUGCUUCCCUAGAGGAGAUUUCAACUUUGGUUUCUUCUAAUGCGCAUUCUAUUGAAGAAUUUUUAGCUGCAGAGACUGUUGAAGCAAAUUCGAUAUAUGAUGAUCUUCAUAACACUCUAUCAACUCACCAAGGAGAAAUGGCGUUUUUUGCUAGAGAGCUUCGUCAGAGGUUCAAUGAUAGUGUUGAGCAUACAGAGAGUAUCUCUAAGUUCAUCAAUGGAUUUUUAGACAAGCUUAUUCAAGAAUCGAAAAGGCUUGAAAGUCAUGCAACUCAAGUUGAUAAGAUUCAGAUGAACGGUAUUGCUGAAUUUCAGAAGGCCUACGAGGAACAGUCAAAAUCCGAUGCAGAGAAGCUUAUUGCUGAUAUGACUACUUUGGUCUUCAAUCACAUCCAUCGUCAAAAAGAGCUGGUGGAUGCAAGACUUGUUGGUCUUAGAGAAACAGUUAUUGGAAAUAAGACAUUUUUAGAUGGGCAUGUUUCCUCGAUGGAGGGUAUUACAACAGAUGCAAAGCGAAAGUGGCAGGAGUUCUCUAUGCAAACACAGAACGAUGCUAAAGACAGUGCUGAUUUCUCUGCUGCCAAACAUUGUCGUAUGGAGUUGCUACUACAGAAAUGCGUAAGCACUGCUGAAAUGGCUUCCAAGAGACUGCAAAAGACACAUGAGUCCAUUAAGGAAAUAGGCAGUCAACAUGUAGCAACAAUGAUCUCGCUUGUCAGGAAUGCAUCUGAUAGUAAUGAGGAACAGGAUACUGAGAUUAGUAACACAAGGGCUGUUGCCGAAGAAGAUGUAGUAAAGAACAGUGAUGACAUCAUUCAGUACUUUGGUG